AUGAACGAGGUAAAAGAAUGUCUGAGAAACAUAGAACAGACUUACAAGAUCUUCCAGCAACAGCAGUUCACAUUUAUUGCAGCACUGGACCACACCCGAGAGGAAGCACAUGACAAGAUCAGGCCUGUAGCAAGUAUUGGACAGGUGCAGGCAUACAUGGAUCAUCACUGUAACAGCACUACCGACAGACGCAUCCUCCUCAUGUUCUUGAACAUCUGUAGUGAUCUGAACAAACUCUGCCAAAAGCUAGAAACCCUGCAUCCUGGUACCAGUGUAACGAACAAUAUUUUGGAGAAAUGCAAGCUGCUCAUUAGCCCCAGCAACGACUUGAGCACCAUCCGAGCCAAGUACCCUCAUGAUGUGGUGAAUCACCUGAGCUGCGAUGAAGCAAAGAACCACUAUGGAGGUGUGGUGAGCCUCAUACCCAUAGUCCUGGACUGCAUGAAAGCAUGGGUGGCCCACAGUGAGAAGUUACCUCGGAACUUCUUGCAAAAUGCAAGUUAACUCCUGUUCUUUUGCCUCCUGCCUGAAGACACUCCUGAAUAAAAGUUUCCCAUGCAUGCAUGGCUGUGUUUGCUAAAAUUAUGGAGGUGCUAUUACCUUAAGAUGACCAGAUUUUUGAAACAAGCAUCAACUGAGAUGGGAGGGUUUAAGCAAACAAGGAAGUGCAGGAGGGAAUGGCAGUUCGGAAGUAUUUACAGGUGAACUUUCACCCUUUCUUUUACCUCCCCCUCUAUGUAUUUGUUCUCAUUCUGUUCCCCCACCACUUACACACUUCUCCAUAGGAUGUACAGGAAUCAUUGCACUGACCCUCAGUGCUGGGAUAGACAUGAUUUCUUCAGCAAAUGUCAAUUAUUUUUAAGUGAUCCUAUUUAAUUGAAACUACUGGGGAAUUCAAACAGAUUGAAGAUUGUUGGGCUAUUUAACAUAGUUGCUAGAAAGGAUUUUAACUAGCAAAAAAGCCACCCUUCCUGUAGAAAGCUUUAUUUAAUAGAUGCAUCAUGGAGGUGGCUUUAGAGAGAAAAAUUAAAGUCACUAAUAGCAUUUAAAUACUUCAAGUCACGUUUCAGGCCUGAUUGUGCUAGGCACUGUACAGACAAGUAACAGAUAAAAUGCUCUCUGGAUCAGGAACAGUUGAGCAGGAAAUGUGGGCUAUUGGUUAGAUCAUGGGCCUGAAGGUUACCACUUCCAGGUCCUAUUCCCAGCUCUGCUAUUUACUCAUUGAAUGACUUUAGGUAAAAGUUAUCUAACCUCUGUGGCUUAAUUUCCCAAUCUGAAAUUCAGGAGGAUACCUACUGCACAGCAGAGGGGCUGGGAAGCUUAUUUUUUGUAAAAGCACCUUUUAAAAUCCUUAGAUGAAAGGGGCUACAACAAGGGUAAUUUUUACCCACUAACAAUCAGUUUCUUGAAGCCCCUUACUAUGUCAGCCCAGAGAGUGGGUGUAAAUCCUACCAGCAGCAAAGGAAAACCCCCAGAGGGAUAUCACUCCCCCUCUGGAGAAGGCUGGCUGAGCAUGCUCAAUUUGAGACUUGCAGAGCACUGAAAGUAAAUCUGCAACCAAUAUCCAGAAUGUCUCCAGAUCCACAAACACUGGGGGAUGUUGGAGUUGGCAUUUUAAGGGAGUCUGCAAAACUAGGGACCCCAUCCUUCUGUUAUUUAAGUCAAAGGGAACACUGACACUGAUUUCAGUGAGAGAAGAAUCAGGACCUUUGUUAGCAAGUUAGAAACAACCCUUCUUCAGUAUCAGUGUGUCAGCCAGUCUGAACUUCCACAGCUGCACCUAAUUCCAGAUUAGACACAGGGCACAAAACUUCCUUGAAUAAAUUCCAGCUUCAAGUCCAAUAGCUGUGGUUGAACUAGAGCAUAUCUUUUAAAAAAAAUCAUUCAAUCUUGAUUUUAACUGUUCCAGUGGAGAAUCCACCACAACCCUUGUUAAGUUAUUCCAGUGGUUAAUGACUCUCACCGUAACAGCGUUCCAUUAUUUUGCCUGUGCUUAUGCUACACAGCAGAAUUGGGGGGGGGGGGAAAUCUAACAAGGGUAUUUCCCAUUCAUUAAAAGUACCAACUCUUUUUACUGCAAUACAAGUUGAUCAGAUAUCACCAUCUAAAUUUAGUUUUAAAAGGGCCACAAGUGUGACUAAAAUGGCAAUUAAAAAAAUGCAAUUAAAACAGAUAUUCAGUUAUAUUCUCUUUAAAUACCUGUAUUUUAAAUGUCAAAGGCAAGCAGUUAUCACUUAUCUGUUCUUGCUACAUAAAAUGAGUGCAGUUUAGGAUUUCUGAGAAUAGUGGUUACAUGACCAUACGUUCUGACCUAUAUUUAAAUAAAAAAAUAGUAUGAAAACAGGGAAUUUGCACUUACUGUAAAUGUCUGCCAGCCUAAUCAAAAGUUAUAGUAUAUGGAAGAUAAAUGUCCUAGCAUUUGUUUGUGCAUUUUCAUGUUGAUCAGCACAUUUUUCAGACUUAUGCAGCCGCUGGAACAAAGAAUCUCUGCUAUGCUAGGGGAGCUCAGUGACUCUAGAAGAGGGAAAGCGCAAAGAAUCUCCCCAAAACAAAAACUGCAGGGUGGGCAGACAGGCAUGUUUCAUCUACCAAGCAUUUUACAAACAUUAAGUCAUUCACAACUUUGUGAGAUAGGCAAAAUUACAGAUGGGAAAACUGAGGCACAGUGAGAGGUCAAGGGACUUGCCCAAGGCCAAAGUCCAAGUGUUGGGGAUUCCUGAUUUCUAAUCCCAGCUUUGACUCCUAGUCCUGGGCACAGACCAGGUCUUAUUGCACUAGUAUAAGAUCUGAAAAUCUAGUUUUAACAUCAUUCUUUAUAUCGUGUAAGCCGCAAUACUUGGCUUCUGAUCAGCUCAAACUAUUGUAUUAAUUUUGAGGUUAACAUAGUACCAGUUCACUUUCAGUUUUGUGUAUUAAAUAUCAGAACCCUGCCACCCAACAAAUUAAAAGCUGUUGCUCAUGUCUUACCCAAGAGUUCCUAAAUUUAGCAAAUUAGUGAAUAAUUCCAAAACUAACUGCCCCAGUCUUCUCACCCAGUCCUGUUCACUAACAUUCCUCAAGAACUCUUGAAUGGAAAAAUUGGAAGUUUUUAGGGAAACUAUAAUUUUGCAAUAACAUGACAAUGGUCUUUUGGAAGAUUUUUUCAAAGAAGUUGCAAAAACAGUUUGUCCAAAUUACUUUGGUUUCUAUACAAGUUUUCCUCUACACAAUGGAUGACCACUACUUCAGAUAGAGCAAAGUUUGAGAGAAAUUUAGAAGGUUCAUAGGGUAGGAAGAGACAUGAAUCAGCUUUGCAACAGCAACCUAGUGGCAAUGUUGGAAAGAGUACCAUCUUGCCAUAAAUCCAGUUGACACUGAGUAGAAAUUGCGGUAGUUGGAAUGUAAUUAUCCAAACAUAGAACUGUAAUAAAACUUUACUUUAACUUUGUCUUCCAAGUUCACACCCACAAACACAAGAAGCCUGUCAGGCAGCCAAACUAACUUUGUGUUCCUCAAGUUCCUGAAGAUCUUCUGGAUCACCUGCUUUUCCUUCUGAAGACAAAUACAGAUACAAGCAGAGUACACAGGAUCCCAAUAAAAUCCAGCUGUCUGUAUGCUACAUAUUACUUCUGUAGUUCUGAUCCAAUUUAGACAGAGGACGGCAUCAAUCAAGAACCUAUAUCAAAUCCAAAAUACCCCUUAGGUUAAACUUUUAAAAAACAAAUCUUUAAGACUGGAGACACCGUAACCAACAGGAUGCUGCUUACAAGCCAUCCAGAAGAGAGCUGGGAUCAAGUCAGCAAUUAAAAAGUCAGGGAUUCAGCUAGACCUGAAAAGUCUUGCAUGGAAUCACAACAGGGAGUUUUGAGCUCCACAGCUCAAAAGAUUAGUUCUAAGUGAGGUGGCAGAGUCAUGGAGGCCUCUAGUGGUCAGGUUUGGGAAGCAGCAAUAAAGAAUGCAACAAGAAGGUCAAAAGGAGAAUCUGGUAUGUGGCAGCAGAACUGUGAGCUGGGAGGAAAGCCAGACUA